GACUUAACUAAAUACUUGGAUCCUGGUGGGCUUGGUGUGAUCAGCUUUGAAGACUUCUAUCGAGGCAUCGCGGCCAUCAGAAAUGGAGAUUCUGAGAGCCUGCUGUACGACAUCGCCCCCACGCAGGAUGAGGAGAGCCCAGCGUGUCCUGAUGAGUUUGACGACUUUGUCACCUAUGAGGCCACGGAGGUGACAGACAGUGCAUACAUGGGCUCCGAGAGCACCUACAGCGAGUGUGAGACCUUCACGGAUGAGGACACGAGCACCCUGGUGCAGCACGAGGCUGAUGCCGACAGUGCGGGCGGCUCCGCCGUGCCCUCCGAGUGCCUGGAUACUGUGGAGGAACCUGACCCCGGCGCCCUACUGCUGCUCCCUGGCAGACCCCACCCACACAACCCACCCAUCGUCACAGUCAUCGGUGGUGAGGAGCACUUUGAGGACUAUGGUGAGGGCAGCGAGGGCGGCCUGUCCCCAGAAGCCCUGUGUGAUGGGGAAGACCGCUGCAGCGACCCCACCCUGCUCACCCCCAGCUCCGGCCCGCUUGCUGCCAAACUGCACAGCAUCCUCACUGAUGAGGCCUUUGAGUUUUACUGUAGCCAGUGCCACAAACAAAUCAACCGCCUUGAGGACCUUUCUGCCCGCCUGAGUGACCUUGAGAGGAAUAGCCCAACAAGGCGACUUUCCAGCAAGAAGGUUGCAAGGCAUCUUCACCAGUCUGGGACCCUGACCAUGGAUGCUCUGGAGGCCCUGUCCCCCGACCCCGUGGAGGGCAUUGAGGAGGCCAUUGCUGACAAGGUCGUCUUCCUGGAGAAGCGGGUGUUGGAGCUGGAGAAAGACAGUGUGGCCAAUGGGGAGCAGCACAGCCGCCUGCGGCAGGAGAACCUGCAGCUUGUGCACAGAGCCAACGCCCUAGAGGAGCAGUUGAAGGAACAGGAGCUGCGGACCUGUGAGCUGGUCCUGGAGGAGGCCCGGAAGCAGAGGGAGCUGCUCUGCAGGAUGGAGCGGGAGAAGAGCAUCGAGAUCGAGAGCCUGCAGGCCAGGCUGCAGCAGCUAGACGAGGAGAAUGGUGAGCUUCGGUCCUGCACACCCUGCCUGAAGGCCAGCAUCGAGCGCUUGGAGGAGGAGAAGCAGAAACUGCUGGAUGAGAUGGAGGAUCUGACACUGCGGCUCAGUGAGGAGCAGGAGGGCCGACGAAGGCUGGGUGACAGACUGAGCCACGAGCGGCACCAGUUCCAGAAGGACAAGGAGUCCACGCAGGAGCUGAUCGAGGACCUGCGGAAACAACUAGAGCAUCUGCAGCUGUUGAAGCUGGAGACGGAGCAGCGGCGAGGCCGGAGCAGCAGUGCCGGCCUUCAGGAAUACCACAGCCGCACCCGAGAGAGUGAGCUAGAGCAGGAAGUGCGAAGGCUGAAGCAGGACAACCGUAGCCUCAAGGAGCAGAAUGAGGAGCUGAAUGGACAGGUCAUCACCCUGAGCAUCCAGGGAGCCCGGAGCCUCUUCUCCACCUCCUUCUCCGAGUCGUUGGCCGCAGAGAUCAGCUCCGUCUCCCGAGAUGAGCUCAUGGAGGCCAUCCAGAAGCAGGAGGAAAUCAACUUCCGCCUGCAGGACUACAUCGACCGCAUCAUUGUGGCCAUCAUGGAGACCAACCCGUCCAUCCUGGAGGUGAAGUAG